GCCGAGAGCGUCAGAGGAGGACUAGCACGGAUCAUCAUCUCUGAUUUUCGUCUUUUUAUCGCCUGAAUCCGGAUUAGUGCGGAGAGACCAGACCCGUCUCUGCUCCUUCACAUCUCCUCUCUGCUGCUGCCUGUUUACCGCCUCAGGAAGGCUGAUUUGAUGUCUGCGACAGCUCAGUCUCCAUGUGGACGCAUCUGUCUGCUCUGUGGACUCCUCCUCCUGGCCUCCUCACCGCUCCUCGCUACUGGCCGGAAUAACUGCACCCACCCUCUGGUUCCUGAACAUGGAGGUUUCCGCUGUGACCCGUCCCCAUGUCGAGGUUUCCACCUGAAGAGCACCAUCCACUUCUUCUGUGAGCCGGGGUACCACAUCAACAGCAAGUACCGUGUGUCCAAGUGCACCCAUGGGAAGUGGAGGCCACCGAUCCCUGCCUGCGUCCCUGUCAGAGACGAUCAAAACAUGAACGACAGAGGGAAUGACUCCAUGCCCAGCAUGGCGACAACAGCCGUGGGCGUGUCCAUCUUCCUGCUCACCACCACUGCCUGUCUGGUCGUCAAGUCCCGCCUCUAUCCCUGUCAAUCACAAAGUCGCCGCUCCUCAGAUCAGCUGGACCUGAUGGUGGAAGGCCUUCCUGUCUCCCUCCCGUCCUAUGAGGAGGCGGUGUACGGAAGCUGGGGGCAGCGCCUCCCCGCCUGCUCUGCACCUGGACCCACUCAGCUCCUAUUAGCUCAGGAGGCUCCAAAUUGUCACCCAUCAUCUACUGACAACCAAUCGGACGGCAGUCAGCACCCCCUCCUGUGCAACCAGAGUCCUGAUAACCCCCCACCUCCGUACGAGGAGGUGCCAACAUCCAGGGACAGGACGAACAGCGGGGACAUCAGACAAGUCACCCUGUCAGACGACAAAGACACCUGAUGGAAUAACUGCACGUAUUUAUUGAUGAUUGACAGCUGGCUGCAGCUCAGUGUUUACUCUGCAGAAACAACGACUCAGAAGGAGACACCGUCUGCACUUCUCCUGGUUCGCUGCAGCUCAAUGGGACACUUUGUCCAAUCACAUGACAAAGAUGAUAAGCUCUGAUUGGAUGGUUGUUUAGGUGAUGAACCUGAAUGAAGGGACUACAGUUAAUCUAUAAAUGAAUCACUGAUUGUAAAGUUUAUGUUGAAUGAAUGUGACAGGUGAAACCUUGUAUCUGAACAGCCUUGUGUGUUAAAGUGAGAGUUAUGAGGUUUUUAAAGGGCAGGAGUCGUGUAAAGGUGCAAGUGCCUGUGUGUGUUUGUGUGUUUUCAGUGUAUCUGGAGACGUUAUUCUUCUCGUCAGUGACGGGGUCAAUCCAGGCUUCUGGUGAAGUCAGCUGUGUGCUGUGUUUCCAUGGUAACUGCCUUUAUCUCAUUUCUUCAUUGUUUGUUUCCUGAUUCUCUGAGUCGUCUGAAAAUGUGGUGUUGUGGGUUUGAAGCUGGCUUCAUGCACGGACAGUGGUGACAACAAUGAGCAUGGUGUGACGUUGAUUUUGUGCACGGCAGAUAUUUAGAGACUUGAAAAACCUGGAAAACCAAACAGCCUUUAAAGUGUUCCUCAAAUAUUUGGAUCCUUGUCAAUGAAAAGUUCUGAAUUUAUUGGCCCUGGUGGCAUGGCUGCAGAUACAUACAUAUGUAGGUGCUUUUACCAAAAAAAUCAUCCAAAUAAGCGUUUUUAUUCCACAUCAAUUUUGGACCAAAACCCUGAAAUAACCCCGAAGUCAAACACUGAGUCUGUGUGUGUUUGACCUCUGCAGAGCGACUGACGCCUUCACUGACCAUGAAUGUAUUUUAUGUUGAAUAAAUCUAAUUAAUAUUAAUAUUAUAUGGAUUGUAAUAUUUACAGAGAGAUUAUUUGUACAUUGUAUUACUGCACAGAAUUAUAUAAUGA